AAGUGCCGCUCACAUGACCAUUUUAUUUCUUCCGAGCGCAGCUGAGCUGAGGGGGCAUCAUCUCUGGAAUGACAGGAAAGCAGCAAUAAAAAGCGUCGUGACCUGAUACGUUUUGAAGCAUAUUUUAGCACAAGAGGAGUGAAGGACGUAAAUCAGGCUCUCCUCCUGCUGCCGUCCUGUUGUUGGCGUUCUUCUGGCUGAGUGCGCUGAGAUUCACUUUGGCAACUGACUGGAAACAUGAUACCUCACAUUGGCAAACAACCUCUCCCCGCCGGCCUAACAUUCAUCGUUGUGUUAGCGGCAACGUUGCAUCAGAGCUUCACUCAAGAGGUAGCAGCCACCACUGCUGCCCCCCAGUCCAGCACUGCUCUGGCCACCCCUGCAGCUCCUGGCAACCCAGAGAGGGGCAACUACAAUGUCACCAACUCCACUGGGACAGUUUGUCUUAUGGCUCGCAUGGGACUGCAGCUCAACGUCACUUUCCUCAACAACGAGAAUAAGACUGUCCAGGAGUUGAUGAAUCUGCAUCCCAACCAGACCAAGCACACUGGCUCCUGUGAAUCAGACACAGCCACCCUCAUCCUCAUGGAGGACGGGACCAACCUCACCUUCUCCUUUGCACUGAACACUACAUCGAAGAAAUAUCACCUGAACAGCUUGGCCCUAUCAGCAAUCUGGCCCGAUAUGGCUGAUUCAUUCCAUGCCUCCAACACCAGUCUGGACUAUCUGAGAGGCACUCUGGGCCGGUCCUAUAUGUGUCGGGAGGAGCAGAUCUUGAACGUGGAUGAAAAAUUCUCCCUCAACACCUACCAGCUGCAGGUACAACCUUUCGGUGUGAGAGCAGACCAGUUUGGUGAAGCUGAAGAGUGUGAGCUGGACGAGGACGACAUGCUGAUCCCCAUCAUCGUAGGCGCCGCGCUCUCUGGCCUGGUGCUCAUCGUGCUCAUGGCCUACCUGAUUGGCCGCAAGAGGAGUCAUGCAGGCUACCAGACCAUCUGAGCACCGCCCUCGUCUCCUCGUCUCAAAAAAAGCCAGGGAGCACAGCCAACCACCACCACCCGAUCCUCGCCCCACAACCUCACCCUCACCUCCACCCUCACCCAUCCUCCACCCUCACCCGCUAGCCUUAGCUUCUUACUCCAUGUAUCCACAAAACCCCAGCUUCCUUUAUGCCCAUGGUACAGGCCCCCAGCUGCUUUUCUGAAACCCUGCCCCAAACCCAUAUUGCCCUGCCUUGAACCCGUGCCAAGGUUGGCCUUGCUCUUCCAGGACUUCCUGAUCCCGAUCUCUUGUAUAAAAAAAAAAAAAACCACAAACAAACAGGAAUAUAAUAUGACAUGUAACAUGCUAUUAAGACAUGCUCUGAGCAGACUCAAAAGCUCAGGCUGUGUGCGUGUGUGCGUGCGUGUGUGUGUGUGUGUGUGUGUGUGUGUGUGUGUGUGUGUGUGUGUGUGUGUGUGUGUGCGUGUGCGUGUGUGUGUGUGUGUGGUCAACUUAACUCAUGCGCCUUUGUUCAGUUUGGGUCUUAGUCUGAAGAGUUUUAUAGAAGAAAUGCUUUAGGGAUUGUUUUAACUUUUUUUGCUGCUGUUGCUUGUCGUCUUUUUUGGUGUUUUUGUUCACUGUCUUGUUUCCAGGGUUUUCCCUCAUAUAUAGACAAUAAGGAUGUGUUCCAAGUACCAUAGAAGAAAAAGGAAACCAUUUUGACUGACAUGACUUUCGUAUCUCUGACGUCUGCUCCGUGCAGGUCCCUAGUGCACGUAGUCGCUCCCCCACCCCCUUCCUCUUGUACAUACUCGCAUAAUCCUUACACUAAAACUAAACCGGCCUCCGAAUGAGGCCCUUUACUGCUACAAUUGGCUUUGCACUGGCACUCAAGACUUGGACAAAUGUCCAUUUAACUGCUUUCUGGGUGUCUAUCUCCUUGUCCACAGAUCCAACUGUUACAGAUUGGUAUUCAAAUGUCAUUAAGCUAAAAAAAAAAAAAAAAAAAAAAAAUCAAGGCCUUGCUUUUCAGGGCAGGUCUGCCGUUUACUUUGACAGCAUCUAGUUGUGGUUACUUAAUUAAUUAACAUAUUUUGACUGGAGGGAAAUUCCACAGGAAGCCUUCAGUGCUCAUUAUGGGCACCAUGUGCAGUGCUUGGAAUCUGCAGAGGACGCAGGUGAUGGCGAGAUGGUGAUACGGUAUUUAAGUGGUGUUGUGCAUUAGAAUCACCAAAAGGGAGUUGACGUUACUUCACUGUGCAGGGUAUUAUCCAGUGUUUGUGAGACUGUUACAUACUAGUUAGGUGGAAGGGUGGGCUGACCGGAGUUGUGCAAGUGUGAGAUUGUUACCCUGUACAGGGUGUUUCACUGCACUGCUAAGCCAGGACUCAUCAGGUCAGUGUCGCUGGUUGGAUUCUCACUUUUUCCAUGCGCAAGCUCGUUGGCCUCAAGAGUGGGGUAUAGGUACGGGAGAUGCAGUUGAUCUUUCACUGAGGGUAUGGAUGACUGCCAGCCAUUACUAGUAAUUUAAUUGUUUUAAUAGUGAAUGUUUGGAUCACUUUUGAAAUGCUGUGAUAUUUCAAUAAAAAGGGACAAACGAGAA